UCUACGUACAGAGCCACUCACAGCAGAGAAGAAAAUCUCAUAACCUAGACCAAGCAUAUAAAAGACGGUCAGAUAGACAACACAGACCACAGCUAAUACGAACUGUGAGACGGGUCUUGAGAGCAACUGUUUUUAAUAAGGACAGGCAUAAAACUACUUUAUUCAUAGCCUUUGGGACUCGUCUUAUCAAUUCAAGACUCUGACUGGAUAUUGAUUUGAGACAAAGAAAUCCUCUAAACACUAAUGAGCGUGACUAACUCUUCAGCUUAUCGAUCGGAGUGCAGUCACCACCAGACUUCUUCUUCAUCCACAACAAAUCCAUACAUGGAGAAAAGCCGGGGACUCUUUGCUGAGGACUUUGGAUCUUUCAUGUGUCCAAAAGAUGCUUUGGGAUUUCCAAACAGAACAGAGACCCCUGGAAACAUCAAGACACUGGGAGACACGUACGAAUUCACGGUGGAUGUCCAAGACUUCUCGCCUGAGGAUGUGAUAGUCACCACCUCUAACAAUCAGAUUGAAGUUCAUGCUGAAAAGCUUGCUACUGAUGGCACAGUGAUGAACACAUUUACACAUAAAUGCCAGCUGCCAGAGGAUGUGGACCCCACCUCAGUGAAGUCAUGUUUAGGGGCUGAUGGGACUCUCACUAUAAAAGCACAGAGAAACACGGCAAAACUGGAGCAUGCACAAACAUUUCGCACAGAGAUCAAAAUCUAGAUGUUUCUACUGUAACUUGUUUUAUUAACUGUACCUACUAGAUACUUAGUCUUGCUUUGUCAUUCCUCCAUGAUCUCAUUUCUUUGACCAUAUACAUUUAAUUUAAUCAUGUUAGAUGUAGCCUAUGUAAAACAUUGAAGACAAAUACACUGUUACCGUCAAUUUCCCAGCUACACAGAUCCCCAACCACAUUUUUGACACUGACCAACUUAAAGGGAAAAUUCAUCCCAAUAUUAAAAUGUUGUCAUCAUUUACUCAUGCUUUAAUGGAACACAAUAGAUGGAAUUGACAACCUCAGUCAACAUUCACGUUUAUUGUACGGAACAAUUAUGCAAUUAAAAUGAAUGACCGAGUCUGUCAGUGCCUAAUAACAUUCUACCUUUGUGUUCCACAGAAGAAAGAAAGCCACAGAGGCUUGGAACAACAUGGCUGCAUGAGUAAAUGAUGACAGAUUUAUUUUUAUUUUUUUGGUCAACUACUCCUCAAUAACCUUUGUACAAAGGUAGCCUAACAUUUGCUUGCUUACAUUGAAACAGAUUCUGGAUCAUGAUCAUCGCACUGGGACAACAUGGAUCAUAAUACAAUUUGUAAUUAAUAUCAAUGUUUAAAAUGAAGAAGAAGAAAAAACGCUUCAUUGAAUCAUUCUCACUAGUGGUCUCAAACUUUUGGAAAGUGUGGCAAAUAGGAUAAUGACUCACGCAGUUUUUUCCUGAAUACCGUAUGCAUUGUACUUAUAAUCAUUGUAAUUUUAAAUGUAAAACUGUUGUGCGUAAUUUUAAACACUAAUUUAAAACAAAACAGAAUAAAACCAUUUUAUCUGAUUAAUCCUGGUCUCUCGAUUAAUAUAUUGAUAUAUUUUAAGCUUGUGAGCCAAUGGUUUGGUUUGUGUCUGGACAUCAUGAGCAAAUAACAAAGUACUCUAUGUCCCUUUGAUUAGGCUACUUGUUCUAUGAAUAGAGUCUGCAGUCAUUUGUCAGUCUUAUCACCUACUAUUUUUGUGUGUCAAUUUUCAACCUGUCACUGCUGUAGCAGAUAUGAAAUGAAUGUCAGUCAACACUUAUACACAUUGGACAAAAAAAUAAAAAUUCUUGCAUU